GAACUUUUGCACUCACCCAAUAUGUUGUCUGGGCAAUCUUCCUUUGAUAAUGUAUUGUAAGAUAUUUUUAAUUUUUUGUAUAAUUGCUAAUAAUGUUUUAUAUCACACUCAUAUCAUCGCACAUUAUAAUUUUGCUAAUGUCUGUUUGUAUCUCCUACUUUCUAUCUAUCCCAUUUCAUAUUUCCCAGAUCAAAAAAUAACAAGCAUGAGAAGAAGGUUGCUUGCUCUAGAUGAAGAUUUAAUUAAAGAAUUAAUUCCUCAGAUAGGAUUGCGAGCGGGUUUUUUAUCCAGUUGGAAGCAGCUGGUAGCAGAUACUGACCAACAAGAGGCCUGUAAGAAACGUAAGAUUUUGGCAACUGGUACAGAGGACUUAGUAACUGAAAUUACAGAUGACACAAUAAAGGGAGCACUGAAUGCAAGUACUGUGAUUUCUGAAAUACCAGAAGCUUCCACAGAGAUUGCACUUUCUGAGAAUAUUGAUUCUGAGAUUAUUGAUCCUCAACCUCUACCAUCCACUUCUACGAAAAGGAAGACCGAUAAUAUCUGUCAGCCAAGCCGACACCUUACAGCCGAGAAAGCUUGUGAAGAGUUGGCAGUUUCGGUUCGUAAUUAUUGUAAACAGUAAAAUAUAAAUAUAUGGCACGUUCUCUGUCAAGAAGGCUAAUUUUGUUUAUGUGUAUGUGCGUGCGGAGAGAGCCCAAAUAUGCACGUACUCUUUUCUUAUUCCUAUUCGUUAUUUGGGUUGAUUCUAUUUGAUGGUCAUCCAACGCCAGACCAAAUGACAUACAUUUUUCCUGUGUUUAGUUUCGUCGAGGAUUUUUUCAAUAACUAUUUAUUUCGAAGAUUGAAAUAGGAAGAAGGAAUGGCCUUUUUAAC